AUUUGUUAUUCCAUUAACUGUUAUUGCUUAUUCAAGAUUGUAUCCAUUAAUAUUACAAAUGUUGACUGUUGCUCCUUUUGCUUCCAUUAGCUAUGGAGCGGCUGGAGGAAUCUGACCUCGUCGAUGGUCUCAGUGUAAAUUACAUGAAGUACAGCGGGUUGUGGACAAUUAUCAAUGAAUACCGAGAGACAGGCAGAAAGAACGCUAUGUUGAAAAUCGGUGUGUUUAUCACUAUGAUAUUUCUCUGUCCUUUCAUAACGUUCAGCUUGUCGAGUUUCUUUGUGAUUGAAGUCGAUUUUCAAGCAGCGACUAUGUUCGUUUUGAAUCCCUGUUCUUGUAUACAAUCGGUGCUGAAGGUCCUUGUUUUCUGGUUCGGUUUAGAAAGCCAAUGCCAAAUACUAAACAUGAUGAGAAAAGACUUCUUGAACUGCAUCCCAAAAGAUAAAGAAGAAGAAGCCAACGAGAUUAUGAAAAACAUUGCCCAUCGCUCUAACUAUUUUUGCGUGGCUGGAAUCACAGCAAACACAGCUUGUGUCCUCGUCUGGAAUUUUAUCCCUGUCCUUAGGUCGCAAUAUUUCAGAGAGGAAUUGAACAUAAAAUUAGAUAAUAUGGAAACAAACUCACCCAAUAAAAUUUUAGGAGGAUGGUAUCCUUUUAACUACACAGUAACGCCUUGGUCAGAAGGUGUCUAUGUCUUUGAAUUUAUAGUAUGUGCUUGGGCAGGCUUUGUCAUCAGUCUACACGAGUGCAUACUUAUACAGCUUGUUAUGUUGCUAUGGGGUCACCUAAAAGUAGUAAGUUUUGUGCUCAGCAAUAUCCGAAGGUCUGAUUUUCUUGUCAAAAAGAGAUUCUCAGCAAUCCAUUCGUUCAAAAAUUAUGAGGAUGAUAGUAUAAACAGUUCAGAAGCUGUUAGCAAACGCAUGAACGAUCAUUUACUCAUAUGUCUGAAAGAUCAUCAACAUUUGAUGAAGGUCGGAGAUCAAAUUCGUGACCUGUAUAAUUUCCUCAUUACUGCCCAACUUGGUACUGGCCUGUUGAUUAUGAUAAUUACAGUUUUUCAUUUUCAGUAUUAUGGGACAAAAGAUGCAUUAUUCACUGUCAAAUUUGUAGUUUACCUUGGCUAUUGUAUGGUCGAAAAUGUCCUAUAUUGCUACUGUGGAGCAUAUUUGGAAGCUGCAAGCGAAGAAGUUGGUAUGGGGUUUUACAGCGGUGAAUGGUACAAAGGCGAUGUCAAUUACAGAAAAAUAGGCCAAAUGCUAAUGGUGCGUUCGCUGAGGCCUGUUUCUUUAAUCGCCGUCCAGCUCUAUCCUGUCAAUUUGACAACAUUGACCAGUUUGCUACAGUUGACCUACUCGUCAUCAGCCUUGAUGUCAAGAUUUAUUAAUGAUAAUUGAAGAUAACAAUCAAUUUAUCGUAGAAAAUCAUUAAAUAUUAUGCUGCGGUUAUUGUUAUAAUUAGUAAUGCCAUAUAAUAUAAAUUUAAAAAAAUUGUCACUUGCAUGUAACAUUUGAUAGUAUGAAGCAAAAUAUAUAAAACAAAUAUCACCAUCAAAUAAGAAUUUCUCUCGAGCUAUAUGGACGUUACAGAUUAA